CCCCCUUCAUUAUCCGAAGCUCGGCUCAGUUAGAACUUCACCUAUAGUAAAAAGAAAAAGCUUACGUACAACGGGAAAACGGCAUGUGGGAUCUACAAGAGGACAUGGUUUUAUUUUAUAUAUAAUAGUCGAGAACCUGUUCGACAGUGUCUAGUGUUAUCCAAAGAGAGAAUACGCCUCAAAUGUGUCCAUUUACACCAUCGUAACAUUACGGGCCUCAAAGUGGUUUAAUGCAUUCGGCGACUUUUUAGAAUGUCAUACAAUUAUUACGUUUGAUGUGAUAUUUACAUACCGAAAGCAUACAGAUAGUGUUACAAGAGAUUCUUGUCAAACCUGGAAGGCGGUCGGGCCAUCUGGGGAAAUUUGGUACAUACGUCUCGAGGAAAUGUCAACUAAUCUAUUGAAGUAGUUUUAGACGAUUAACGGGAUUUAGAAUACUAGAGGACAGUUCUUAGAUGUAGGUCGAAGUUAUUCUGGACAGUGCUUACAUGUUGACCAACAUUAACUGUUAUCUGAUAGUAACGGUAAGGAGUUCACAGAGAGGUGUCAAAGAGAUCGCGAAGCAAUUUCGGACAAUUAUUGGGACUAAGUGUUCUAGUGGACAGUGGUCAGUAGUCAGAUAACGUGUCAGUAACAGUAUAUUAAACUCCAGUAACAGGGUCCAUCAAUAGAUAUCUGAUGGAAAAGUGAGAGAGGUCUGGGAGAGGCGUCAAGUGACGUUUUCGCCGUAACUCGGGACAGUUGUUGAGGUCGUUCGCUGUGGACAUCUGUAAGUCUAUGGUCAAGCUAGGCGUCUGGACAGAGGGGAGAGAGAUGGUUGAGAAGUCAAAUCUCGGACUUUCUGACCCGGGAGAGUUCCACAAUAACAACCCGCACUACCAUGGAGAGGAACUCCAGUAUCCGGACCAUCACAUUAGAAGGACGAUGCCUGUCCUCAACAACGGUGACAUACCGAGUUUCUGUGCCGGGUGUGGGGCCCGGAUACUGGACAGACACUACCUCCUAGCGGUCGAUCGACAGUGGCACAUGCAAUGCCUCAAGUGUUGUGAAUGCAAAAUUCGAUUGGAUACAGAACUCACGUGUUUUGCACGAGACGGAAAUAUUUACUGUAAAGAAGAUUAUUACAGAAGAUUUGCUGUGAAAAGGUGUGCAAGGUGUCAAUUAGGAAUAUCUGCUAAUGAACUAGUGAUGCGCGCGCGGGACUGGGUUUACCACAUCACGUGUUUCACAUGUAUGGCGUGCAAUAAAACACUUACUACGGGAGACCAAUUCGGAAUGAAAGAAAAUUUAGUUUAUUGCAGAACGGAUUAUGAACUAUUGUUCCAAGGCGAAUUUUUUCACGGAAUGACUCCGGGACUCCCGUGUUCGUCUGGGGGGCAUUUCCCCUAUUACAAUGGAGUCGGGACGGUACAAAAGGGACGACCUAGGAAGAGAAAGAAUCCUAUCGCGGAUGGAGAAGGGUGUCCUCCGGGCAUGGGAUUGGUUCCCGGAGAUGGACACGAACGCGGUGGAGACAUGAUGCGACAAGAUGGUUACGGGACACACCCACCUCCGCGACAGAAAAGAGUAAGAACGUCAUUUAAGCAUCAUCAGUUGAGGACCAUGAAGUCGUACUUCGGACUGAACCACAAUCCAGAUGCCAAGGACCUCAAGCAGCUAGCACAGAAAACGGGUCUCUCCAAACGCGUGCUCCAGGUCUGGUUCCAGAAUGCUAGAGCAAAGUAUAGAAGGAACGUACUCAAACAAGACGACAAACCUGGUUCCGGUGGUGGCGGAAGUCAGGCCGGAAGUCAAGCCGGGGACAGUCCCGAGGACGAGAAAUCCAAAGAGAACCAAGCACUGUCCGAGAUGACCGACAGUGGUUCCCCUGCCAUGUCCGACAUAAGUUCCUCGCCCUCCCUAUCAGAACUGCACAGUAGCCAUAUGGAGUCGGAUCACUCCAGCAGUAGUUUAUCUGACCUGUUCACCAAUUCCAUUAAUUCCAUCAGCUAAACCGUUCUCAUUACUUACGUGUGUUCAAUACCAUAAUAACCAUGAAUGCAAACAACUUGUGUUUGUCACAUGCUCGAAUCAACAAAGCAGCUGAUCAACUACACAACUAGUUUAUCGGUAAAGGACCCUAAUCAAGAUAUGAACAGUACCAUUUUCUUAGCGUUCUGUUAGUGUGGAACAAGUGAUGCGCUAUUUAAACAUGAAUUGUGCUAUGUGCUUUUGACUCUAGAUCAGGUGUAGGAGGAGACAUUGGAGAGUUCUAGAAACUUUGACCAAGCAGUUGAUCGUUCACAGUGUUUUACAGAUGAACACGCUGAUGAUUAAUCAUCGGAGAUGUAUGGAUUUCUAGUGAACGGUUUUGAGUGCUCGAAAUACCAAGGCAUAUGUUCGCCGAAACUUUGGUAUACUUUGGACCACUUUGUAACUGGCGUGAUAGUGCUAAAAUGAUAUUAAUUGUUUCAUGUAUAUGAUAUUUGUUUCAUCAUGUGUGCAAUUGUGUUUCUCUGUUUCCAAUGAUACUUCGUACCUCACAUCAGACCCAUAGUAACAGCCGAUCUGAUUGGUCUGUGAUACUCUCUACCAGUUCUCUACUGUUUAGUGUCCUUUUGGCAUGACUCUAUAUUUAGACCCUGAAUAGAUUUGACCAAUGACAACACAGGGAUGAUAUAGAACAAGGCUGGCGAUGGAUUAGUAUAAUAGUCACUAAAACGUGUUGAUGUCGUCUGAUCCGGCUGUAUCAGAGUGUUCAGUUCGUGUAUCAUCAGCUUAUAUUUUAGUGCGAUUUUUUAUUCAGACAGAUAUCUGUAUAAAAUAUAUCCUCCGUAGACACUGCCAAUACCUCUGUGAUGCUCUGAAGGCAUUCUUGCCGUGAACAGCACCUGGUGGACCAUUCGUUUGAAUUGAUCAUUAACGAUAUUUAUUUUAUACUUUAAAUGAUAUUUACCCUUACCCUGGGUAGCUAGAUACCACUGUCUCAUAUCAGUAGAAAGAGCGCCAACACUGACGAAAGAAAUAUUUUAUGUGUUCGUCAAAUGUCGAAAUAUGAGUAUGUUAAUGAUCACUGAUGGUGUGAUACCUUCGUCUCAUACUCUGUAUCCGGUAAGGAAAUGACAUACCCUGUCUUAAACGUAGUCGUCAUUCAAAUACGAACGAGUAAAAGUAAUUCCAUACCUCAUUAACGAGUACAGGUAAAUUAAUUCCAUAUCUCAUAAACGAGUACAGGUAAAUUAAUUCCACAUCUCAUAAAAAUAACAGAAACAAAUAUUGUACAUUAUUAAUCUGUUUUGUGAAUUAUCUUGUAGAAUAAAUUAUAAAGAAAUAAUUUUAGAUCAAGUUACAAUCUAUGACAUAAAAUUCCGGGUAACGACAACGAUUUAUGGAUAAAUGAAAUACACACCAAUUAUACAACGAUGACCGCUAAUUCAAAUUAAUCCCACAAUAAGAUAGAAUAUUAAUUAUGAAAAAAAGGCCCUUCAACAGUUAGAAUAUUGAUUACAGUUAAAUUUAUUCCACGACCAGUUAUAAUACCGAUUACAGAUAAAUUAAUUCCAAAACCAAUUACAAUAUUGAAACGGAUAAAUUAAUUCCACUACCAAUACCAAUAUCCAAACGGAAAAUUCAAUUCCACACUAAUUACAAUAUUAGAUACAGAUAAAUUUAUUCAACAAUCAGUUAGAAUAAUGAAUACAGAUUAAUUAAUGCCACAACCAAUUACAGUAUCAAAAUAGAUAAAUUAAUUCUACAACCAUUUUGUGUAAAUUAAUUCAACAAUAUCCAAACGGAUAAAUCAAUUCCACAAGUAAUUGAAAAAUACAAUCUGAUAAAUCAAUUCCACAACCAAUUACAAUAUCUCAAUGCAAAAAUUAAUUCUACAACGAAACAAUAUCGAAUACAGGUAAAGUAAUUCCAAAACCAGUUACAAUAUCCAAACAUCUAAACAUCUAAAUCAAUUCCACAACUUAUUACAAUAUCCAAACGGAUUAAUUAAUUCCACAACCAGUUACAAUAUACAAACGGAUAAAUUAAUUCCACAACUUAUUACAAUAUCCAAACGGAUAAAUUAAUUCCACAACCAGUUACAAUAUACAAACGGAUAAAUCAAUUCCACAACUAAUUGAAAAAUAUAAUCGGAUAAAUCAAUUCCACAACCAAUUACAAUAUCCAAACGGAUACAUUCAUUCCGCAACUAAUUACAAUAUUCAAACGGAAAAAUUAAUUCCUAGUUUCAAAAAUUAUAAGAAUCAGAUAUAAGGCAAAAAACACAGCGACAAUAAAGGAUGAAUUUAAGAUUUACAGUUCCCACACAUGGAAAAUACGGUAAAGCCACGACCUAUCAAUGAAUUAUUCUCAUAAUAAUUAAUUAUACUCAUAAUAAUUAAUUAUACUCAGUUGCGAACAUUUAGCGUUAAUUGCUGAUGAAUUAAUGAAGAGAUCAGUUACGAUGAAAAUAUCGAGGUACAUUUUGCGACCAAAUAGACGGAGGGAAAUUCAAUAAAAUACGGAUCAAAGUAAUUUACUCUAAAUUAGGUAAAAAUAAAGAAGUUACAUAGUGAUGAUAAAGGAGGUGCGUUUUCGUGUGUUUGUCAUGUGCUUAAUGUCACAGACGUUGAAGUCGUCACGUUUUGUACUUGUCCGGGUCUUUUAUGGUGAAAUUUCCUAUGAAAAGACUCCCAGAUUUUAUUUAUGAAUCCCAUGUUGUAUACCCCUGAUCCGAUUUUCUUUGUAAUGCUCUAGUUUUAUAAUUACAUCUCAUUAUCGUAAUUUUAUACAACUGUUUAACAUAGAACCGGAAAUGACGUCACUCGUUCGGUUUUUAAAUAUUUUGUUUUACAUAUUACAUUGUUGUUUAUUGAUUAAAGUAUCUGUAUGUAAUACUACUACAGUUGAUGUAUA